AUGACGCGAAGGUACUACUUCCCAGCGAUCGCCGUGUCGUUCAUCUCGAUGAUCCUGCUGGUGCUCAUCACCAUCUCGACGCCCACCACGCUAUCCGACGCUACGCCGUUCGACUUUGUGCGUUCCAACAACCUCAAUGGCACGGUCGACCUUUCGCCCGGUAGCAACGCCAACCGACCGGUGGGAUCGAUUCGUUUCGGUACGUGGGGGUACUGUACCACGCUCAACGGCACUGACUCUAUCGGCUGUUUCAAGCACUCUCACGGCUAUAGUGUCAAGCUCGGUAGCAAUCCGGCGCAGUCCAACACGGAGGCGCAGGCGUUUGUUACGAUUGGCAGCUCCUGGACGCGCGGUCUGGCCGUCCAUGUCGUCGCUUUUGUCGCGGCUCUAGCUGGACUCGUCCUCACCGCCAUCCCCAAACAAACCAUUCGUCUCGCAGCUAUGGCCGUCAACGCCAUCGCAGCACUGCUGGCUCUCAUCGCCUUCGCCAUCGACAUCGCCCUCCUCGCCUACGUCCAAACUCAACUCAAGAAGAUCAGCAGCCCGAAAACCAUGCCCGGCCCCGCAUUCUACAUGGCCCUCAUCGCCAUUCCUGUCGCGGUACUCGCUACCGUCCUCAACUGGUUGAACUGGAGGAGCGAGAAGCUCGACAACGUCGUCACCAACGGCUACGAGUGGGAGGAGGCCAAUGACGGUGCCAAACGCGGGUGGGGGGAGAGGUUUAGGAUGAAAAAGAGGGGUGCAAGUGCUGAGCCGGGGAGCCAACAGAAGGUCUUGGAUGCUUACGAGGAGAGUAAGGCCACCUGA